AGGUAUGGACUUUGAAGCACUUCUCUCUCAUCCUACCUCUGAGGUCUUACAGCUGAGAGUGGAAGAUCUUGUGAAGGAAUACUUUCAGACAGCUGAGAAGAAUGUACGGUUGUCUCUGUUGACGGAGCAAGGCAUGGGAAAGGCAGUCCAGGAAUUUGUGGAUAAGGAGGAGAAAGAUGCUAUAGAAGAGCUCAUAAACUACCAGCUGGAGAAAACCCAGCGCUACCUCAGAGAACGACGGGUGGAAGCCACAGAGGAGAAGAUUGAUGAGGAGAUUCGACAAUUUCGAGACUCAAAGAGAAACACAGCAGAAGAGGAUGAGGAAGUGCAAGAGGCUAUAAUUCGUGCAAAAGCUCAUAGGGGCCGCAGUGAUUCUGUGAGAGAUGAUGACAUCCUAUCAGAUGAGCCAGCUGACAUUGCUGUGGAGUCAGAUGAAGAGUCCACUUCUGCUCCUACAGUCCGUGGAAGGGGGCGUGGCUCCAGAGGUACAAGCAAAAGAGGAAGAGCAAGAGGUACUGCCUCAAAGUCAGGGCGGGGUGGACAUGGACAAAAAGGAUCUCUCUCAAGUGCACCAAAAACCAAGUCAAUAAUGGAUGCAUUCCAGGCUUCAACCCAGAGGACCUCUCGUGGAAACAUCUCAAAGUCAUAUGCUGAAGAGGUCACCAUAGAAGACAGUGACUCAGAUGAGAAUGUUGCAUUUUUAAAAUGUUCCAGGUCAACGCAAAAGCUGACUUCGUUAGGCGCCAAUAAGAAAAGCUCCCAGAGCCAGUCUUUUAAAGGAGUAUGCUUUGAUGACGAUGAUGAGGAUGAGUUUGAUCCAUUCAAGGGGUCAAGACAGCAGCACAGAUGAGGAAAGAAACCUAACUGCUUGUCUACUCCUAAUGAAUCCACUUCUUUUCUCAAUCCUUCCAGAGUUUUUGCAGAUAUUUGAGUAAACCAGUUUAAGUUUAACUUGCCUAAAGUUCUUUUAAAAACUUUGUUAAUGCUGAUGUUAACCACUGUUGUCUUUUAUACUGGUCUUCCAUUGUUCCAGACAAUGAGGACAUGCCAUCCAUAUGUGUUUAUUAAAGCAAAAGUGUGUUUAUGUGUGUGUCAAGCCAAUAAAAAACAUAAACUCUCACUGUCUUCUUAUGUGUACAUUCAUAGGAUAAUAAGCUGUUGCUACAAGGCAGAAUAGUGUAUAUUCACAGUUCAAACAGGGAGAAUCUUACUCAUUUUUUUGUUUUAAGUUUGGUCAACUAAAAUGCUACAACUAUCAACCCAAAAACAUAAAAUAUAUAGUUCAAUCUGUUUACAAAGUUUUUCGUACUUCCAAAGGCCAUGGAAAUUAGUAAGAUCCAGCCUCCAGCUAACAUAGGAAACAAAAGCACUAGGACUUAUAUGGACAGUGAAGUCAGUUGACGUCAUUUCUACAGGUUCUGAUAGGUUAACAUUACAGAUACAGUAGGUGGCCGGACUUCCAGGUUGGACAUCCACAAGAUGGCAGCAUAGAGCUAGCUUCCCCGGUUAUAAUAGUUUUGAAAACUCCCUAAAACCAAUAAACUAGCAAUCUAAGUAAUCUACAUAAUAAAAAUAAAAAGGGAGUAAGAUAAAACUAGGUGCAAAAACAAGAAAGUCACAACCUACAGAGAAACGAUGUGAAGAUGAUGACUCAGGGAGAUUCAGUGUAUCCCGCCAGUGAGACCGCUGACUUUAGCCUCAUUCUUAGAGAAUUAAGGGACUUUCGUUGGGAUAACAAAACUCAGCUCGAGGACAUUAAAGCAGAAAUUUCAAAUACCAACGCUAGACUUGAGGAGGUUGAGGGCCGAGUCGUGACAGCAGAAGAGAGGAUUCAAAAUGCAGAAGAGGUACUCACAGGCUUGUUGAAGUUACACACCAAAAUGGAAGAGAAACUUUUGGACGUAGAGGGUCAGUCCAGACAGAACAACGUUAGUAUAUACAGAGUUCCCGAAGGUGCCGAGAAGGACUUUCCGACAAUGGCUCUAUUUCUAGAAAAAUUUCUUAGAGGAAAAAAUCUGAAUCUAUCAGAGGACACAUCACUUCAAACUGAAUGUGCUCAUAGAGCACUCGGCAGACAGCCACCAGCAAACGCACAACCAUAAUCAAUCGUGGUUA